CAGGAUUUAUUGUAUAUGAAGAACAAAAUAAUUUUGUUGAUAAUCUUAGCGAAUCUACUACUGAAUAUAUUAGCAAAUUUACUACUGAAUCUAUUACUAAAUCUACUACUAAAUCUAUUACCAAAUCUACUACUAAAUCUACUAUUAAAUCUACUGUUAAAUUCAAUAACAUGAUUUACAAUGCAUCCUCUAAUCAACAAAAGCCUAUAAAAAGUACUGUGGAUUUACUUAAGGAUAUUGAAACUAUAUCUAAUCAAGUAGAUCACAUUGAAAUAAAUAAUAUCCUUACUCUUUUUGUAAAACAAUUAAAUCGAAAAUAUCUAUUAUUACAAGAAAAAAUUGAUGAUCCUAUUAUCGCAAAGACAAAAGUAAAGCCAAGUGGUACUAAAUACAAAAAAGAUAGACACUGA